UCUGUAAUAUUUGUAAAUAAAUAUAUGAGUAAACAAAUAAAUAAAUAAAUGGUUUUGUCAUCAACAGUUGAAUUAAAUAAAAAAUCUAUAAUAUAAUAAUAAGACAAAAGUAAAAUUCGGUAUGAUUGUCAGUUUAACUAAAAAAUUAAACCGAUCGAAGUAUGACCUCCAAAAGUGUUGGUGUUCUCAUUCCCGUACAAAAUAAAUGUCACUUGAUGAUAAAUAAGUCGUAAGACUUUUAUUAUUAUUGAUAUUUUUUACACGCAUUAUUUAUUUACUAAAUUUAUAAGACCAAAUACUGCUCAUUAAACUCAUGACGCAUAACCAGAUUUUAUUAUAAUUUUUAUUACUAAAUAAAAGAUUGUUAUGAGCGGUGCUGUAUCUAUGUACGAUGGAUUGGAAUCAGAGGCACCACCCAAAAAUACUAGCACUCUUAGUCCACCUGAUGGAGUCGGAGUUGAAGGUGGAGGUGGAGGUGGAGGUAAAGCUGGGGGAGGAGGCGGGAUAACAAAAAAAUUGGCAAGAGGUAUUUCACGAGCUACUGAAAAUGCCGCAAUAGUAUCGCAUGCUCGUUCACAAUUAACAUUUUUGGGUAUCGUCGACACACCAGAAUUUACAUUUUCAUUACCCGAUCUAUCGAUAUAUCCUGAUUCAUUUAGACAAUUUUUGGAAAAAGACUUAAUCGAGGGAGGAUGUUUAACGUCACUAGAAUCAGCAGGAAGAUUAAAUUGGUGGUGUGGUGGUGGUGGUCGAAACAGCAACAGUGUAAGAGUACUCUGGCCAUUAGCAACAACAGGAGAUGGAAAUUGUUUGCUACAUGCAGCCUCAUUGGGAAUGUGGGGAUUUCAUGAUCGUCUGUUGACUUUACGGGAUGCUUUGCACAAUACCCUGUCGAAAGGUGAAUACAAAGAUCCAUUAUAUAGACGAUGGAAAUGGAGGCAAAUGGGUUUAAAUGCCGCUGCUGGGUUGGCCUACACAGAAACUGAAUGGUUGACUGAAUGGCAAAGUAUCGUAGAAAUGGCAUCUGCGAAUCCACGAUCACAGACUGCAACCUCUUAUCAGAGUCUUGAAGAGGUCCAUGUUCUUGCAUUGGCGCAUGUUUUGCGCAGACCAAUAAUAGUAAUUGCGGAAACGAUGCUUCGUGAUUGUGAAGGUGUGGCCUUGGCCCCAAUUCCUUUCGGUGGAGUGUAUCUUCCACUAGAAGUUUCGCCAUCAAAGUGUCAUCGGACACCCCUGCUAUUGGCUUAUCACUCGGCUCAUUUCUCUCCAUUGGUAACUGUCGACUGUGGAAAUGAUUUUGUCGUAAGAGGAGAAGGAUCGAGUAAUGACACAGCCACGGGCGUUAGUAUACCACUUGUUGAUCCUGAUACUGGACAAUUACUUCCUGUUUUAUUCGCUGUUGAUCCUGGACCCGAUUGGGAUUGGAGUGCGUCUCAAGAUCUGCUACUCUGUCAACAGGAUACUAUGGAAAUCCUUAUUAGAGAUUAUUUGGACUGUGAAUAUCAAACUCUUACUACUGAAGACUUAGAUAGACUGUCAGAUUCAGAUGGAUCGUUGACUGGUAAAAGUAAAGCCGCUAAACAACUACUCGGUGUUGCGAAACAAUUCGGCUCGAUUGGAAAAUCAAUGAGCAAAAAACUUUGGUCAUCAAUGGCAAAGAGAUCAAAAAGUCCACCGAUUUCGGCUUUGAAUGGAUUAACUUGCGAGGGUGUUCUUUGUGUUAAACUCAAAAGUCGACGGCAUCAGUAUGUUGAUCAAAUGCUACAAAAUUAUCUGCAGUGUGCACAUUCGAGAUACUUAGAGAUCCAGAAAGAAGCCUCAGGGACUGAAAUAAAUUAUGGGGCUGGGAAAUCAAAAUUUUAUGCCGCAAGUGACAGCAACAGCCAUGCAAGCGUCAGUAAGCUACAACCAAAAAAUACGAAUAAAGAUCGCACUCUGUAUUUAUCAAGAUCAACAUUCUACAAUAAUAUAACGGCACCAGAGAGUAGAGAAUACAGUGAAUUUAAAAGUGGUACUGUCAGAGAAUGUCUUACAGAAGAUUGUUCGUUUUUUGGAUCACCUGAGAACGAGUACUACUGUUCAAAAUGUUGGGCAAAUAACAACAGUCAACGAUGAUUGGCCUUUUAAAAUUAAAAUAAUUCUAUACUCCUCAUGACAAUAACCAAAGUAUUUUUAUUUUUUCUUUUUAUUCAUCUUUUAUUUAUAUUCAUAUCGCUUAUGAUUAUCAAUUACUAUAACGAAUAACAACUAUAAGAAUGAAGUAUGAUAUUCUCACGAAAAUAAUUAGACUAGCUUGUAAAUUUAAUAAUUAUAGUCGUCAUAUCAUUAUGAUAAGAUUAUCAUAUCAAUUAAUGAUACAUAAUAGCAACGAAUAAAGUUGUGUGUUGCGUUUGAGCUUGAAGAUAUGUUAAAUUUAAUCAACAGUUAGCAUAUAUGAACAAUAAUAUAUAUUUAUUAAUGUUGUAUAGUAUGCUAAAUUUAUUUUUAAAAAUUAAAUAAGCUCAGCGCAUGUAUAUUAAUACGGACAUAACCCACUGACAUAUUGAAUAACUCAGAGAUGAUACUAUAUAUAUAAAUAUAUUUUUUUUAUCAUUCGUGAGUUAAAUAUUAUGAAAUUUUAAAUUUCAGUUGCGAUGAAAAAAAUAUAUAUAUAUCCACAUACAUAAUAUGAGAUAAUACACAUUGAUAUGUGCCUUGCCUCGGUAAUUCUUGAAAUGAUGAUACUAAUAAUACUCCCUAUAUCAUACAAAUACAUAUAUAUAAAUAUAUACAUCCGACCAAACGUCCAUUCGGAUAAUUUAGUAGUGCGUGUUGAUUUACAUAAACAAUUACUUAUUUAUUUAAAUAAAUUCUUCCUUCACUUGAUGUCAAUUAAUUUUUUUCAUUAUACUUUAUACUAUAUAUUGUUUGGAUUAAAUUCAAAUUUUAUGUAUUAACAGAUGACUUAUAUUGUUAUUAUUAUUAUUAAAAAUAAGGUAUUAUUUUAUAAAUUGUCUAAGUAAACUCAUCGAAAAAAUAAUAAUACUCUAGUGGAUCCGAAUUACGGUAAAUUAUCGCAAUUUACCGUAAAAUGCGGUAUUUUUACGGCAAAUUUCCCGCAAUUUGCGGUAGCUUACGGUGACUUACCGUAACUUGCAGCGUUGUUACCGUAAGCACCGUAUGCUUUUAUGUUUUUACAGCUUUUACAGCAAUACUUUACUUUGCGGUGAAAUACCGCAGGGUUGCCGCAAUGUUACGGUAAAUUGCCGGGAUUACCGUAAAAUCCGGUAUUUUUACGGAAAAUUUCCCGCAUUUUGCGGUAGCUUACGGCGAUUUACUGUAACUUGUAACACUUUUACCGUAAGCGCCGUAUGUUUUUUUAUUUUCACAGUUUUUAAAACAAUACUUUACUUUGCGGUAAAUUACCGCAGAGUUGCCGCGGUUUUACGGAAAACUACCGGAGACAUUGAAAAUUUACAGUAAAAACACCCGUAAUUUAACCGCGCGUUCGCCGCAAAAUACCGUAAUUUAGCGUGAUUCUUCCAAGCGCCGUAAAUUACGGUAAUUUGCCGUAAUUCGAAUCUGCCAGGGUAAAGUGUUCAAUAAACUAUCGAUUGUACACUGAAUGGCAUUAACAGUGUAUCUGAAAUUAUUAAUAUCAUUAUAAUUAUAUAAUCAUGUAAUCACACCAGUGCGUAAAAUAAUGAAAAUAAAGAUAUUUUUGUAAAUAA